UACCUCUCUUCUCUCUAAGCUCUCUUGCGCCGCCCACACUCACACUGCACCGAAGCCCCUCUCUCUGUCCCCUCACCUCACUGCCUCAGCUCACGCCUCACCCCUCACCUCCGACACCCUCACGGCCUCACCUCGCGGCCUCAGCUCCGAUCGCUCUCUCACCUCACGGCCUCCAGGUAGUGAAAUUCUCUCUUAUGCGAUUCACAUCCAACGGUCCAGAUGCUUAAUUUGUGCCCCUCGAAGGAUCCCGAUCCUAAAUAGAUCCCAUUCUGAACAGUGAACCCUCCUUAAGCUUCGGAGGAUAGCCGCCUUGAGCUUUCGUGCUGUUGCUCUGUUUCUCAAUCUUCCUUGACCCAAAUAAGCUUAAGAGCGAUUCUUAAGGUCGUGAAACCCAUGACCUCUCUUUCUUUCUCGUGAGAUCCGGUCCGGUCCCUCUUAUGUUAUCCCGACUAAAAAUCGAGUCUUUAAUUUAUUAUUAUACGUACACUAAUCCUUUUCGCUGUAACCAAAUAACUGGCGAAGCAAGUAAGUUUCUGUUUUUGCAUCAUAUUAUUUCUUUUUUAUUGCACGAUAGUUUUAUUUUGUACCGUCUGAUUUGUGGUUGUGGCUUGUCAUAUGAAGUUUCGAUUGAUGGAGAAAAGGGUUCGACGUACCGCUAAUUGUUCAGAAAACAAGGAUUGUAUUAGUGAGCUGCCUGAUGAAAUACUCGUUUGUAUACUCUCACGCCUAACGCUAAGAGAAGCUGUGGUUACUAGUGUCCUUUCAAGAAGAUGGGAGUAUUUGUGGGCAUCUAUUUAUACGCUCGACUUUGAUCAUAAAAAAACAUCAGGCAAGAUAACACUAACCCGCUCAAUAAAAUUAAAUACUCCUGAGUUAACUGAAAUCGAAAGGCCGAGAUACGUCAACUGGGUGAAUCGUGUUUUGGAACAGCAUAGAGGCCCAACUAUAGAUCAGUUCCGGGUUUGGUUUGAUUUGGAUAAUGGUUAUGCGCGAGAUAUUAAUAGGUGGAUUAUGUUUGCAAUGCAAAAGCGAGUUCAAAGGCUUGAGAUUCACUUGUCUGGAUUUCGAUUAUCUGAUCAUCAGCAUUCAACACGUUAUACUUUUCCAGAUCAACUACUUCUACGUCGAGGGUGCUUCAAGUCUCUCAAAGAUCUCACUUUGAGGCAGGUUAAUGUUUCCUGGGAAGUUGUUGACUACUUUUUGGCGAAUUGCCCCAAUCUUGAACGGUUAUUUGUGCAUCAAUCAAACCAUUUGAAACAAUUAAGUGUUGUCGGCUCAUCUCUCCCUUUGAAACACUUAGGGGUAUACUUCUGCACCCGGUUAAAAUCCAUAAAGAUCUGUGACACAAACCUUGUUUCUUUUAAGUAUGUGGGACCAAGGAUAAGGUUGCUUGUUAAUAAUGCUCCACUCCUUGUUGAUGUAUCUAUUACCGAGAGAAUGUAUUCUAACUUAAUGCUUCGCCAGUUUUCAUCAUGUUUUUCUCAGCUACAGAUUCUUACAUUGAGCAAAGAACAUGUGCAGGAUAAAAUAAAGCUUCGAUUGUUUACUGGAUUAAUGAAUCUUAAGAAAUUGGUAUUAGAAAUCGGAGCAGAGGAUGAUGAAAGUCUCCUCCUUUUCACUCCCUUGGUAGAGGCAUGCCCUUACUUGCAAAUAUUUGUGUUCAAGAUAAUGUGGACUAGCCCUCUAAAUAAGAAGAGAAGAGUGAUAAAAGCUGUCAAAUGCCCGCAUUAUCAUCUCAAAGUGGUGGAAAUAGGUGGAUAUUAUUGUGGUAGUAGUGAUUUUGAACUUGCCAUGUACUUCAUUGAUAAUGCCACGAUACUUGAAAAAAUCAUAAUUGAUCCUCGAUACCAAUGUCAUUGGCAUUCAAUAUCAAGAAUUGAAAUUAAGGAAGAGCAAGAGCUGGAACAAACUAGAAGGCAUCGUGCUAGGCAGCAGCUUGAGUCAAAAGUACGUCCAAGAGUCAAGUUGGAGAUCCUUUAAUCUUAAUGCACAUUGCAUUUAAGACGCGAACUAUGUAUUGAUUCUCCCCCUCCCCCUCUUUUGGCCAUUAUUAUAUGACAUUCAAAAUUACUAGAGGAUUAUAAAUU